GAUUACCGAUGAAGAUAUAAAAGGCCGGUGGAGGCAGCUCGUCUUCACACACUCGGACUGAAGCAGCUGUGAGUAGAGAUCGGCGUCGGCCUCGCGGGAAAUCUGUGACAACAGAGACCCUCAGCAGAAAUGAACGCCAACCCCCCAGCAGGAAGCGCCCUGGCCCCCGGCGCAACAACCGGCCCCACUACACCCAAGAAGGGGCCCCCCAAGUUCAAGCAGAGGGCGGCUCGUACAUUCAAGAGCAAGGCCCCCAAGCCCGGCCAGAAGGGCUUCGGGGACGACAUCCCCGGCAUGGAGGGCCUCGGCACAGACAUCACCGUGGUGUGCCCAUGGGAAGCCUUCGGCGACAUGGAGCUCAGCGACUUGGCCAAAUACGGGAUCAUCUAAACCUGCUGCCUCCUGCCUUCCUCGCCCGCCUGCACCUGUCCUCCGCCUGGUCCUCGUGACCCGGCCUUCUCUCCGCCUCGGCUGGCCACGCCGCGAUAAGGCCGCCGGCGAACCCCCUAGCGCCCUCUCGUCUGUCUACCUCAUGUUUACUCCACUGAGUGGAUAAUAAUAAUGCUCUUAUUUUUAUAUCAUCAUUAUUGAUAUUAUUAUGAUAUGAUACUGUGUACAGUAUGUAUUUAUAUAUAUAUAUGACUAUAUAAAUAUACUUGAAAUGAGAAGACGAGAAAAAAACCUCCACGCACCCGAUCCCCCUUCGUCCAUCUACGAGUGUUCUCUCCUCACCCCCCCCCCCCCCCUAUUCCUCGGCAAUGGACGCAAGCAAAACACAAGUUAACACUGUAAACUGUAUUUGCUUCUAGACGUCUAUAAAAUGUAAAUAUUUUUGUGCUUUCUUGAACCUUCUGACCUGGUUCACCCGUCUCACCUUUUGUACUUCCUCCCUCUUUUAGUCUUUGCAUUAUGUUUCUACUCCUUGUGCACACGGCUCCUGUAAACACCACGAGAUGAACAAAAACUACACAAUGCACUUUCACAUGAUCACGGAGGAGGAACUCCCCUUCAGCCCCCCCCCCCCCCCCGCACCUCCCUCUCUCCUUGCUCCUGUUUGAAUCCCUCCUUAGAGAACAAAUGAAAUAAAAGGUAGAUUCUGUAGGUUUUGUAUUUCAAUCACGAUAACACACGAGUUGUUCUGUGACUUGUUCUGAUAGCUGCAGUAAAAUGUGUCUAUUUUUAGUAA